AUGCCUCCUCGUCCUCGUCCCCGUCCUCGUCCUCUUCCCCAGCCUUUGCCCUCGUUGCCCUCGUUCUCCAUGUUUCGUCUCAUUCUCCUGCUCGCAUUCCUCUCGUCUCUCGCUGCCCAUGUACACGCACACCCCGCCGAGUGGUUCCGCAAGUGGUCCAGCUCCGCCCGCGACGACGCUAGCUGGCUCUGGGGCUGGGCAUGGGCCUCAGACGGCAGCGUUUCUAUCGUCGACAGAUCACCCCCAGUUACCUUCCCCGCACGUCCCGCCUCGUUCGGUGCUGACCUCGUCGACCCUCUCCUCGGUUAUGUCAUUCCCCUUGCCGCCUUCACCGCACCAUGCGCGGCGUCGAACUCUUCGCACCACUACUACGACCCUGACCCAGUUCUCGGGUGUCCCGACCUUUGCAUCGCCGGACCUCAGCAACCGGAGCCUAAUGAGUCUUGGAUCGCCCUCGUGCAGAGGGGUGGCUGUCCCUUCGUAGAGAAGGCCCGGCAGGCCCAGCGGUUAGGAGCCAAGGCUGUUGUCGUGGGCGGGGACAAGGAGAAUCCAGAUGCCCUACUCAACAUGUAUAGCGAGCGCGAGUCCUCUGAUGUCACUAUCGCCGCUACGUACAUCAAGUACUGGGACUAUCUCGAGCUGACCGCGCUGAUCGCUGCUUCGAACACGUCUCAUUCUGGCCUGCGCACACUGUCUCUCCUAAUCAGCACGGAGUAUUCUGCCUGGGAGUGGUAUUCGCCCAUCAUCACAUUCGUGAUCAUUCUUCUGUUACCAUCUAUCCUGACCUUUAUAACUCUCCUCAUCCACCGCGUCCGCGCCGCGCGUGCUGCCCAACGUGAUCGCGCUCCCGAAAAUGUUGUGCACAACUUCCCCUGGCGCGUUUGGACCGGUACCGGCUGGGAAAAGCACGAAACUUCAUAUGCACAUACAGAAGACACCGCAUCCGGCACACCCGACCUCGAGUGCGGUGUUACCGGCCUGGAUGCGCUAGGCCCUAGCCACCCCUCCUGCUCGCACGACGGCGAUUUUCCCGCAUGGGCCGAGCAGCAGACAGAUUGCGCGAUCUGUCUCGAGCUGUUUGCCAAAGGCGAUCGUGUUCGCGUCCUUCCUUGCUAUCAUAUGUAUCAUAUGGACGAAAUCGACGAAUGGCUGAUACACAAGAAAAAGCUGUGUCCCGUGUGCAAAAUGGACGUCACGCUGCCGCUUCCGCUGCUGCCGCACCACGCACAUGCGCAAGCACCGCAGCCGCUGGCGCCCGCCCGAGCAGAGGAAUACUCGGCGAGCGAUCAGAUUUCAGCUCCAUCUUCUCCCCAUCCAAUAUCCAAUGAAGGCACGCCGCUACUGCAGGAUGCCUCGAACCGCACCUACGACGCGUCUCUCCGAUAA